AUGGAUACUAUUUGCCGACUAUGUUGCUCUACAAAGUUCGUCAAUAAUCAUAUAUUUGAUGAAGAAAACGCGCUAUUUCUAAAAAUGUCGCUGUACUUACCAAUUAAGGUAUUGAAGAAUGAUCGGCUUCCACAAAAGAUUUGUAAUAAAUGCAGUUGCAAAGUAAACGACUUAUACCAAUUUUGUAAUGAGGCGAUUGAGGCACAGGCCAGAUUGCGAGCUAUUUUAGUAGCAUCUGGUGUCCCGCUGCUUGAAUCACUCAAUCAAGCAAUAAAAGAAAACUCACAUGCACUCUCCUCUGCAAACUUUACCGUGGUCCAUGAGCAGGGAACACAGACAGAUUGUAAUGAGUCAGUUGACAAUUCACAAGAUACUGUAAAAAUAAAAGAGGAGAAAAUUGAUCCUAAAACCUUUUCGCCAGCAGUUGCUGUAAAAACAGAAAAGGAUCUAUCGGAUAAUGACGAUUAUGAAGUCACUAAUGGUAUAUAUUCAGAUGACAGUGACGAUAUAUCCCUCCUUAGCCUCAAAGAAAUUAAGAUAAAAGAAAGUGAUAAUGACAAUACUAUAAAUGGUGAGGUUCAUGAAAAUAAAAGGGGUAGAAAAAGGAAGGGUAAAUUAAAAGAUUUAGAGAUGCUAAUAAAUUCAUUACCGGGUACAGUUAUUAAUGUGCGAAAUACAAGAAACGUAAAUACAGAAGUGAAUAAAGAAAAAGAAAUCAAGUUGGAAAUUAAUGAGAGUCAAACUAAUGUCACAAGAAAAUCAAAUAGGAAAAUUAAAAAAGAAGAGGAACUUCAGGAUAGCUACCAGUGUUGCAUUUGCUUUGAGAAGUUCAUUAAAAAAUCAGAAAUAUUGCAGCAUUAUAAAUCGCACGCGAACGCGGCGGCGGAGAGCGGGCCCAUGCCGCCGCCGCCGCCGCUGCCCGCCGCCGCCGCCGCCGCCGCCGCUGCCCGCCGCGCGCCCGCUGCGCUGCCCGCGCUGCAAGAAGGUCUAGCGCACGAAACUUCAGCAGCGAGCGAGCCCGAGAAACGCUUCGUGUGCGACCUUUGUCCCGAAGGGUUCGUCUAUAUGCGGUAA